AUUGGAAGAGCGCUUUCGACGCCGCUCUCACAACGCAGCAGUGAAUAAUUUUUUUGGCCAUAAAAUAACUUGCGAAUCGCCAAAGAAUAUAACAUUUUUUGUGUUGUUUUUUUAGUUACUAGCUACUGCCCUACUUUAACUGUUGCACUUGUUUUGUGAAAACUGCAGAAAAACGGUGCAUGAAAUUGUUUAAAGUGCUAACAGCAAAAUGUAAAUAACAGCGUAGUGAAAGCCAGCAGAGCAGCAAACAAGCUUGCAAAAGAGCCACAAAAAAAAAUCAAUUGCAAAAAAUAACACACUAAGCAAAAAGCCAACAAAACGCAUAGAAGCAGAAAAGACUAUCGACAUCAUCAAGAAAAAAGAAAACCAAAAUUCAGUGUCUAGUGCAUUUGCGCAUAGUUUUGCGAGCGAACAAGUGAAUCAGAGUCCAGCUCAGCAGCAUUCGUGACAGUUGUAUGCAAACCCACUUACGCACACACACGUACGCACGUACACGCGGACAAGAACUCGCAUUGUUGGAGACACGCUGCCGGUGCUAAUUAUUAAACAAAAAAAGAAAAGGAAAAUAUUUAGCAAGAAACACUUGUCGUAUUGUGCGUAUCAUAGCAAAAGUAAUUAUUUUUUGCUGUGUGUGUGUCGUGUGUUUUUUGUUUUGUUUGUUUUUGUGUUUUCUGCCAAACAUAUUGUUGCAACGGCAGCCGCUGCCGCGCGUGUUGACAUGGCGUUAAAAAAGGUGAAGGGGAACUUUGAACGUAUGUUUGACAAAAAUUUAACAGAUUUGGUGCGUGGCAUACGAAACAACAAGGAUAAUGAGGCCAAAUACAUAUCGCAGUGCAUUGAGGAAAUCAAACAGGAGCUGCGGCAGGACAAUAUCAACGUCAAGUGCAAUGCGGUGGCAAAGCUGACCUAUAUUCAAAUGCUUGGCUACGACAUUUCCUGGGCCGGAUUUAACAUCAUCGAGGUCAUGAGUUCCUCGAGAUUCACAUGCAAACGGAUUGGUUAUCUGGCCGCCAGUCAAUGCUUUCAUCCGGACAGUGAGCUGCUUAUGCUGACCACGAAUAUGAUACGCAAAGACUUGAACUCACAAAACCAGUACGAUGCCGGAGUGGCGUUGAGCGGUCUCAGCUGUUUUAUAUCGCCCGAUUUGUCGCGCGACUUAGCCAAUGAUAUUAUGACUUUGAUGAGCUCCACAAAACCGUAUUUGCGCAUGAAAGCCGUCCUUAUGAUGUAUAAAGUAUUUUUACGCUAUCCAGAAGCAUUGCGACCUGCAUUUCCAAAACUCAAAGAGAAACUGGAAGAUCCCGAUCCAGGUGUACAAUCCGCUGCCGUAAAUGUUAUUUGUGAACUAGCACGUAAGAAUCCGAAAAACUAUUUACCACUGGCUCCCAUAUUCUUCAAGUUGAUGACCACAUCGACCAAUAACUGGAUGCUGAUCAAGAUCAUAAAGCUGUUUGGCGCUUUAACUCCCUUAGAACCCCGGCUAGGAAAGAAAUUAAUAGAACCACUCACAAAUCUAAUUCAUAGCACAUCAGCGAUGAGUCUCCUCUACGAGUGCAUCAACACCGUGAUCGCCGUCCUCAUCAGCAUCAGCAGCGGCAUGCCGAACCACAGUGCCUCCAUCCAGCUGUGCGUCCAGAAGCUGCGCAUCCUCAUCGAGGACUCGGAUCAGAAUCUGAAGUAUUUGGGUCUGCUGGCCAUGUCAAAGAUACUGAAGACGCAUCCGAAGAGCGUACAGUCGCACAAGGAUCUCAUACUAGCCUGUCUGGACGACAAGGAUGAGUCGAUACGACUGCGUGCUCUCGAUCUGCUCUAUGGCAUGGUAUCGAAGAAGAAUCUCAUGGAGAUUGUGAAGCGUCUGCUGGGCCACAUGGAGCGCGCCGAGGGCUCGGCCUAUCGCGACGAGCUGCUCUACAAAGUCAUUGAGAUCUGCUCCCAGAGUUCCUAUUUGUAUGUCACCAAUUUCGAAUGGUAUCUGACCGUGUUAGUCGAGCUGAUUCAAUUGGAGGCGGGCUCCAAGCAUGGACGCCUAAUUGCUGAACAGCUGCUGGACGUGGCCAUUCGUGUGCCUGUCGUGCGUCAAUUUGCAGUCAACGAGAUGACCAACUUGCUGGACACCUUCGUAGUGUCCGCACAAAGCAAUUCCAUGUAUGAGGUCCUCUAUGCGGCUGCCUGGAUUGUGGGCGAGUUCUCCAGUGAGCUGGAGGAUGCUGAAAAGACUUUAAAUAUCCUGUUGCGUCCGCGACAGCUGCCCGGCCACAUACAGGGUGUCUAUGUGCAGAAUGUCAUCAAAUUGUUUGCCCGUCUGGCCACCACUUGCUUGGAACUGCAGGAUGUGCCCGGCAUUUUGCGGGUGUGCGACCAUGUCCUGGACAAACUGCAGCACUUCAAUGGCUCUAGCGACAUUGAAGUGCAGGAGCGUGCCAAUUCCGCUUGCAUUCUGAUUGAGAUGCUGAGAGCACAGUUCACCUCAGCGAACUCAACGACGACGACGCUGGCGGAGACACUGGAGGCUAAUGUGGAUAUGCUGCAUGUCGAGGAUGAGAACAAGGGGGAGCAGGAACAGUCCACAGUGGAUGGCAUUCACACGGCGAACAUACCAACGCUGGCCAUUGAGAUUGUGCAGGAAAUGACGCUGCUUUUCGCCGGCGAGCUCAUUCCGGUGGCUCCCAAGGCGCAGCGCAAAGUGCCACUGCCCGAUGGUCUGGACCUGGAUGAGUGGAUCAAUCCGCCGCCGCCUGAGGAUGCGAGCAGCUCAUCGUCGGAGCACGACAAGGACGAGCUUUUCGUCAGCUCCACCUACGGACAUGUGGAUGGCGAAGGAAAUGGAAGCGGCACUGGCGCAGGGAAGCGGCGUCAGAGCUUGGAACUGACGCCCGAGCAGCUGGAACGGCAGCGGAUGGCGCGUCUCAUCGAGCAAUCCAAUAAUCCGCACUAUCUGAAGUCUUCGCCAGCCGCCACCGCUGCGGGCAGCAGCAACAACUCCAAUGCGGAUCAGUAUGACAAUAUCGAUGACAUCCCCAUUACCGAGCUGCCACUAGACAUGGAGGGCGUGGCCGCAUUACGUGUGGGCGUCACGAAGCGAUCGGACAAGUAUCUGCUGCAGGAGCAGGAACAUCAGCAGCAGCUGAAGGCGGCUCACAGCAGUCGAGGCAGCAAGGAUUCCAAGAAGAAGCAUAAAAAGACCAAGAAGAGCAAGAAAUCAAAAAAUAAAGUAGCCUACAACAGCAGCUCCGAAUCGGAGGAAGAGCCCAAGCCCUUGCAUAUUGUAAAUACAACGCUGGACAUGCCUGAAGGUGUAACGAUGUCUGACAGCGAGGAUAAGGAUGGAAAAUAUGAUCCAAAUGAUCCGCAUCGAGCGCUCGAUAUUGAACUAGAUAUUGCCGAUUUCGAUGGACCAACGACAAAAUCAAAAGAGACGUCAAGAAAGAAUCUCAAAGCAGCCGAAGACACAGCUACAGCGGCAACAACAACAACAACGGCAGCAGUGACGACGACAUCGUCGUCUGGUAAAAAGGAAAAGAAAAAGGAUAAGGGCAAGGGGAGGGAAAGGGAGAAGACACGCGAGCAUAGAACGCGCAAAGCGCACAAAACGCACGAUCUAAUCGAUACGAAUAGUCCCAAUAAAACAAUAGAAACCACAACAACAACUGCAACAACACCACAGCAAGGCGUCAACAACAACAAUAACAACAGUACGAACAACACGUCCACGAAUCAACACAAAAAGAAGAAGAAGGAGAAGAGCGAGAAGGGCGAUAAGGGGCGAGAAAAAAGCGCGCACAAAUCCACAAUUGUCGAACCACUGAUGGAUGUUGAUGUGGAUAUGGAUAUGCUGCAACAAUUGACAGAUAAUGCCAUCGAGUUGCCCGCAACAAAGAAGAAGCAUAAAAAGGACAAAUCGCAGCACAAGGAGAAGAAGCAUGCGAGCAAGAGCCAGCAGCCGAAAGGCGAGAGCUCCUUACUCGACGAUUAUGAGCAACCGUUGGGCAUUUCGACACCCAGCAAAGAGAUUUUCUAGGCUUUAAUUUCAAAAUUGUUUUCCCACCACCACACCACCACCACCACCCACACACUAUUAUUGAGAAAACGAGAUUCGAAAAAUUGAUUUGAAAAAUGUGUUUUGCCGCCAGGGAAAGAAGAUCAAGGUGGGCAAAAUUUUCCAUUUUCUUUUCAUUUAUAAACGAGCAACAGCAACAAACUAAAUGUACCGUUCAUUGUUUCCAAAUCAAUGAUUUUAAAAGCAAGCUAGAGACCAUAAACACAUACAUACAUAUGUCGUUGCUCAUACACUAAUUCUGAACGGAGGGGACAUACAUACACACACAUAUAUAUAUAUAUAUAUACAACUAUUGUAACUCUAUAUAUAUAUGUAUGUAUAUAUAUAUAAAUACAUGUGUAUAAAAAGGAACAAGUCUAAAGUAGAAAAAAGAGCUAAGAGAAAGUAUACAUACUAUAUUAUAUAUAAACGUUGAAUAAACAUAAAUAACAUACAUAUAUGUAUAUGUAUAUGCGUAAAGUUUCUACUUACCAACAACAGCAACAACAAUCAAUAAUAAUUACACAACAGCAUCAACAACACAAUUAUUGCAUAAAAUAACUAUUUAUUUAGAAUUUGCUUAGCGUAACUGAGUUUUUUCCAUUUGUAAAACGCAUGUGUGCUUCUCAAACAUUAACAACAUUAAAAUUGUU